AGAGGGGCCUGCCUUUGGUGGAGGACCCAGUGGGCAGGGGCAAGGGGAGGUGUGCAGGAUCAGGUCCCUAGCUGUGCCUGUGUGGGGAGACCCCGGUACUGGGUUUGGUUCAACAAGUGUUGGCAGGUUUGGGGAGCUGGCCAGCAAGGAGAGGGGCUGCCCUCGGGCGGCAGGGUUGGCCCCGUGGAUACACCUGCACCAGGAGCAAACCCAGGAGAGCAGGGGAGCCCAAAUCCGUGGACAAACAGUGAGGAUCCUGGUAGUCAGGGAAGGAAGGAUUCUGGGCAGAGAUGAAAGCCUGGAAGGCCUUGAGUAACAGGUGUGGUCAGUGAGGCCACCAGACGGAGGGAAAGGGCCUAGACCUACCUGCACCCACACAUUUCUUCUACUUCUCUGUGUAGGUUCCCUGGAUAUGGGACUUCAGUGGAGAGUUGCUAAAAGUUUUCUAAGUUUGCCUCUUUCUGUCUGUGUGGUCCUUCUCCCAGAGGCAGGCAUCUCAUUAACUGCCCCUCCCCGCCCCCCUCGCCCCAUGCCCUCUUCUGAAUUCUGCAGCACUAUAUCCUAGGGUGCAGCCCCGCCUCAGCCCCCAUGGAAGUAAUGGUCUGGGAUGACCUGAAGGGUUAUCAUGAUCAGGUUGCUUACCGGCCUUUCUGUGGCAUCCUGAGCUGGAUGCCAGAAGUGAGUUUCUGGUAGGCUGGCAGGCUGGCAGGAAGAAAGGAGAGUGUGUGGGUCUGGGGGUAUGCCCAGCACCCACCUGUCCUGGGGAGGCAGAGGGGCAUCUGCCACCCAAGUUACUGAGGCCCGUUUCUCAGAACCAUUCUGUUCUGGAUGCUGGGUCAGGGUUUAUGGGGCGUCUGGCUGUGCUAGGCCCCAUCCCAUCUGCAGGGUGACGGACCACCUCCACGACUGCUGGGUCUUUCCCUCCUCUGGUCAGCAGCAGGUGCACCUCUUGGGAGAAGGGACCUCAGGUCGUAACCUCUUUAGAGGCAGAGACUCUCCAGUGGGUUCUAGUCUGAAGGACCCUCAACAGCAGUCAUCCUGUUCUGGAACAUGACAGUGGCACCAGAAUACUGAGUUUUGAAAAUCUCAUGUUCAUCACGUUGACCGCAGACUUUAGAGUCAUGAUUUUUCUUUCUUCUUCUUCUUCUUUUUUUUUUUUAAUAUUUAUUUAUUUAUUUGACUGCACAGGGUCUUAGUUGUGGCACACGGGAUGCGACAAGUGGGAUCUAGUUCGCCGACCAGGGAUUGAACCCAGGCCCCCUGCACUGGGAGCGUGGAGUCUUAACCACUGGACCGCCAGGGAAGUCCCUAGAGUCAUUUUAUCAAUAAAUAUUUGAGUGCUCACUCUGUGUCUGGCACAAGGAGGUUCAGAGAUGAACAAAGGGAACUUCUGCCUUCUUGGAGUUGAGUGUGUAUUUGGGGAGACAGGCAAUAAGCAGACAGUUCUGUAAGUAUAUUAAAAUGUGGGUGCUAAGAGGGCAGAGUCCAGGGAACUGUGUGUGUCUUAGGGGCCCAGGGGGCUGCCUCCAAAGGAUCAGUGAAGAAGAGGGGAGGAGAGUGCCAGGGAGUGGGAGUGGCAUGUGCAGAGGUCCUGAGGUGCAACAAGCAUGGGGCCACUUCAUUCCCAAGCCUCUGGUCCUCGGAUGGGGGCCUGGCCCUCUGCAAGGGGGCCACGCAGGAAGGGCUCUGCUGGGCUUGGCAUGGCAUCUGGGCUCAGCCUGAAUUUGCAGCCCCAUUGUCCUGUGUGGCCUGACAUCUCAGGCUCCUCCGGGGUUCGUGCUCUCUUCCCGGGGUUCUGGGGUCGCUGUAUUUGUAGUGGGCUUGGCUUACUUUGGAAGUGGCCCUAGUCAGGUCUGAGAGACUGAUGGUGCCAUGCUGGCUGAUAGACCUGUUCUUAGGUUUGCACUCAAAAAGGAGCCACAGAAACUGGCUCGUCAAAACCCAUGACUCUGUCUUGUCCUGGGACUUCACUGGGGCUGGUGAGGAAUGCGCAGCUGGGAGGGAGGAGUGGCCCCAGGGCCCGCGGUAUCCCAUCCCUCUUGGGUCCACAGCCCCGGGCUCCCAUGCUGUGAGGCGGUGUGGCUGCAUCUCCCAAGUGCCUGGGCUGAGCCGUCUCGACAUCGAUGUGAGAGGUGGAUGCUGUGAGCCACUGGGGCUUUGAUGAUUCAGCACUUAGGAUUCUCUGAUCCCAAACGUGAAGUGUCACAGGGCAUUUUUUUUCACCUUUGCUGGUCUAGCGAUGAACCAAAUUCCUGAUCAGCUGAGCUUUUUCCAGAUGCCCUGGAUGGAGCGAGGGGUGGGGAGCACAGGGGUAAUUGCCUGCUCAGGGCCUCUUCUCUGCCGCCUCCCACAGGAAGGAGCCUGACCUGCUGGCUUGGUAGAGUGGGCCCUCCCAGCAGGGUGGUCUUACUUUCCUCCACCCGUCACACUGCGCUGGGGUUCCUGGCCCACCCACGCUCAGACCUCGGCUCCCACACUCCCUGCCGCCGAGUUCGUGCCCAAGUUCGUGCACGUUCAGAGCUGGGCGAGCAUCUCCUCCGCCCCCAUAUAUCAGGUGCACUGUUCCUUAUGGGCUGUGUGCACCCGUUUCAGCUAAACGCAGGCUGGGCCACCCUCGGGCGUGUUGCCUGGACUUGAUGCUUCCAUGUUCUUGAAGAUAAAAACCCGGAUUAGUCCCUGGCUUACUCCAGGAAAGCAUGGCAGUUCACACCAGGCCUGUCGUUGCCUGCAAGAAAGAGCUGAGGCCGCGUAACGGGGCUCACAGUGAGGGGCUCUUUGGCAGCUUUUCUGUUACAGAAUCUAGGUUGUGCCACAUGAGAUCGUGGAAAGAGCUCCAGUCGUACCUCAGCUCCGGUGCUGUUACUGUAUCGCGGGGCAAACCAACCCCACCUCCGUCAGAGGGCUGCGUGCCGGGCGGCUGGUCACCGUCGCCUGUCUGUGUUGCAGGCCGAGCUGAGGCUCCCUUCCAGAGACGAUGGCGGCCCUUCACACGACUCCAGACUCCCCAGCCGCCCAGCGGGAGAGGGCGGAGGACGGGUCGGAAUGUGAUCCUGGUCAGGAGGAAGAAGAGGAGGAAGAAAAGGGGGAAGAGGAGGGGGAGCUGGUGAAGGAGGAGGUGGUGGUGGUGGAGGCCGAGGAGGACGAGGCCGUGGCGGAGGAGCUGGAGGCGGACGGGGUGCAGGCAGGGCCAGGGCGGCAGGCGGAGGUGGAGGCAGAGGCGGAGGCGGAGGACGCCGACGCGGAGGCGGUGGUGGCAGAAGAGCGGAGUCCGGCGUCGGGGACCCAGGAGCGCCGUAGCUGUGGUGGGGAUGCCGAGUCCCCAGGUCUUCAGGAAAAGGCCUUGCAGGCCUCCCGGGCUCCAGCCAUGUCGAGGGAUGAGGACCUGGAGCAGGACGAGGACGAGGACGAAGAAGAGGAGGAAGAGGAUGAGGACGAUUCCCUGAUAUCUGGGUCUCAGGGGCUGGUGACCUUUGAAGACGUGGCUGUGUACUUCUCCCUGGAGGAGUGGGAACGGCUGGAUGCGGACCAGCGGGAGCUCUACAAGGAAGUCAUGCAGGAAAACUAUGGGAUUCUGGUGUCCUUGGGAUACCCAAUCCCCAAGCCGGACCUGAUCUUCCGGCUGGAGCAAGGAGAGGAGCCUUGGGUCCCGGAUAGCCCCCGUCCCGAGGAGGGAGACAUCGUCACCGGCGUCUACACAGGGGCCUGGUUCUGGACCGACGACAUAGAGGACCACGAGGAGGAGGACGACGAGGACUUCCUGGCAGAGGUGGCCGAGGAGGAGAACGAGCCCCCAGGGCUGUGGUCCGCGGCCUACGGCGUGGGGGACGUACCUGGGACCUGGGGCCCCGACGACUCGGAUUCGGCACAGACUCCAGAGGGGUGGGGUCUUGACCCCGGCGGCCUCGGGGUCCUGGCUGAGGGGUCCGAGGCGAAGCCCUUUCUGCAGGGCCGGGAGUCGGACGCGAGCCUGCUGGCGCCCUGGGCGUUCCCGGCCGCGGUGGCCGCUCCAGCCGGGCGGCCGGAGACGACGUGUGACGUGUGCGGUAAAGUGUUCCCGCACCGGUCCCGGCUGGCCAAGCACCAGCGCUACCACGCGGCCGUCAAGCCCUUCGGCUGCGAUGAGUGCGGCAAGGGCUUCGUGUACCGCUCGCACCUGGCCAUCCAUCAGCGCACCCACACCGGCGAGAAGCCCUUCCCGUGUCCAGACUGCGGCAAACGCUUCGUGUACAAGUCGCACCUGGUCACGCACCGGCGCAUCCACACGGGCGAGCGGCCCUACCGCUGCGCUUUCUGCGGCGCGGGCUUCGGGCGCCGCUCCUACCUGGUCACGCACCAGCGCACGCACACCGGCGAGCGGCCCUACCCCUGCGCGCACUGUGGCCGCAGCUUCAGCCAGAGCUCGGCGCUCGCGCGGCACCAGGCCGUGCACACGGCCGACCGGCCUCACUGCUGCCCCGACUGCGGCCAGGCCUUCCGCCUCCGCGCCGACUUCCAGCGCCAUCGACGGGGCGGCGGCUGCGCGGAGCCCGGCGGUGACGGCCCUCGGCGCGAGCCCUGUGAGACGGUGCCCUCGGCGGGGCCCGAGGAGGCCGAAGCCGGGCCCGAGGGGCCUGAGAUCGACGAAGCAGACGGAGAGGCCGAGGGAGAGGCCGAGGAGAGAGAGGCGGCAAUGGAGGCGCCCACCCCCGGGAGAAAGGACGACCCUGAGCCGGAUAGGCGGUUUCUGGGGCUGGGCAACGGCCUGGGGGAGGGCGAAGGCCCUUCCUCGCACCCGCUCGGCUUCCACUUCCCCAUGCACCCCAAGUCUUGGCUCCACCCGGAUGGCUUUCCGAUCCUGGGCCUCCCGGACUUCGCGGAGCGGCUGUCGACAGACGGGCGCCCCCUGCCCGGACCCCUGGGGGGCCGGCUCUCCCUGGUAGAGGGCGCGGGGCUGGCCUGCGACCCUUUCGGCGGCGGUGCUGGGCCUGGGGGCGGCGGCGGCCUGCGUGCGUUCGGGCCUGCAGUCGGGGGGCUGCUGGCGGAGCCUGCUCCUGCCGCGCUGGCCGAGGAGGAGAGCCCGUGGAUAUGUUCCGACUGCGGCAAGACGUUCGGGCGCCGCGCGGCGCUGGCCAAGCACCAGCGCUACCAUGCGGGCGAGCGGCCACACCGCUGCGCCGACUGCGGCAAGAGCUUCGUGUACGGCUCGCACCUGGCGCGCCACCGCCGCACGCACACGGGCGAGCGGCCCUUCCCGUGCCCCGAGUGCGGUGCGCGCUUCGCCCGCGGCUCGCACCUGGCGGCGCACGUGCGUGGCCACACGGGCGAGAAGCCCUUUGUGUGCGGCGUGUGCGGCGCGGGCUUCAGCCGGCGCGCGCACCUGACGGCGCACGGGCGCGCGCACACGGGCGAGAGGCCCUAUGCGUGCGGCGAGUGCGGCCGCCGCUUCGGGCAGAGCGCGGCGCUGACGCGACACCAGUGGGCGCACGCCGAGGAGAAGCCGCACCGCUGUCCCGACUGCGGCAAGGGCUUUGGCCACAGCUCGGACUUCAAGCGGCACCGGCGCACGCACACGGGCGAGAAGCCCUUCCGCUGCACCGACUGCGGCCGCGGCUUCGCGCAGCGCUCCAACCUGGCCAAGCACCGGCGCGGCCACACGGGCGAACGGCCCUUCCCGUGCCCCGAGUGCGGCAAGCGGUUUUCGCAACGCUCGGUGCUUGUGACACACCAGCGCACGCACACGGGCGAGCGGCCCUACGCCUGCGCCAACUGCGGCCGCCGCUUCUCGCAGAGCUCGCACCUGCUCACCCACAUGAAGACGCACCGCGGCACGGCGGGCGCGCCCGGCCAGACGCCGGCCGCCCCCGCGCCCAAGGCCGAGGCACCCGCUAAGGGGCCGCCGAGCGCGGGCGCAGGGACCGGGCCCGGGGAGCGCGGCAGCACCCUGCUGGAGUUCGCAGGCGGAACGAGCUUCGGCUCCGAGCCGACGGCCACGUUCGCGGGGCCCUCGGGCGCCUACGAGGAGAGCAUCAUGUGAGGGCCCCAGGCCGACGGAGGCGCAGCCCGCUAGGCCACCGGCACCUUGCGGCUCGAGUGCCGGCCGCUGCGCGCCGGCCCCUUGCUCUUCUGGCCUCAGGGGCUGAGGGUCCCAGUCCUGGUGCGGUGCCUUCCCCUCAGCCCCGGUGCACCGCCCCCCAGCCUCGGGCUUCCCUCCUGCCCGGCCCCAGAGAACCGGCCGCCGAGCUCAGAUGGCUGUACGGGGGGCACGGGGGGAGAGGAGAGCUGCGCGCGGAGCAGACGGGGACGGGGGCGGCCACCCCGACAAGAGACUGCGACAUCACUGGAUCGAUGCGGUGAGGCCAAGCGGUAGGGAUGGCAGGCGAAGUGUUAUUUAUUUUACUCGGAUUCCGAUAUGGGUGGCCCGGGGGACAGGUGGCUUGUGAGUUAGUAACUGGGUUUUACAGCGAGGGAGGGGAAGCCCUUGCAUCAAGGGAGGGUGGGGUGGUCGAGGGCAGAGCAUAUGGCUACUCCAGUGGGUUUGGCUGAUGACUUCCAGUUCCUCAGCGGGAGACUUCAGGGACCUUCUGGUCAUUCGAGUAUGUCCAGAAAGUUUUGAGGCCUGUGCGCGUGGCGAGGGGAAGCCUCGUGGGUUUUCAAAGGACCGUGUUCCUCCCUAAUCCGGGGUCGGGGGUGAAGUGGAGAUGCACCCAGGAAAGCUUUUAUUUUGUCGACUGUGGAUAUUUAUUUCCAUGGCUUGUAUGGCCCGAAGAACCUGGGAGGAGGAGAAAAAGCCGGAAACCAAAUUGUGGCCCCAGGCAGAUGGGUUGCAGGUGUUCGCAGGGUCCCCAGGGAGUUUGAAGCCUUAUUCCCCAGAGUCGCUCCCUGUCUUCACCCCACUUGAACACCGAGAGCAGCCCGGCUGUGUGGGUGUUAAUUUCAGCCUCCCCUCUGAGUCCUUCGGUGCUCUCGCCUGGGACUGCUGGAGGCGGCAUACUCGGAGAUCCUCGGGGAGCCCAGCAGCCGGGGACCCCCGCCGUUGGCUCCCCGGCUGCCGCCUCUCCCUGAGUGGGUGGACACACGGGGCCCUGCCCUUGUGAGCCUGCCGCUCACUUAGAUUUAAUAGACAAGUGUAAAGUGACAGAGGUUGGUAGUAGGAUUGUCUCUUACCUCCCAGGAUUAGGCCCUUAUGACCUCCUCGGGUCCGUUUAACUCUGCUUCUGUCAUUAUUCUACACUAGAAGCAAGUGGUGUUUCUGGUUAGGUUCCCGUGUCGCAGAGUGGGCAGUGAGUGGAGGCACCGUGGGCCGGGCUGUCUGCACGGCGGUGGUACACCUCUGGGGGUUCGGACCUGAGCCCGUGGCUCAGUGACUGACCAACUGUCCAGCUAUGCAAGGCCCGCGGCCGGCCAGCGCCGCACCUUCCAGGCUGGGCUCUUUCGAGCCACCGGGCCACCUGCAAGACAUCCGCCCCCUUUAACGCUUUUGGGGCCAGUGUGAAUGGGGCCAGAAAACUGAAAUUUUGAAGCAGCCGCAUUCCCUUUUAGACCUAGUUCCUUCUGUUUUAGUAUAGACAUGGCCCUGGGGCCUGAGAGCCAGCAGCCGGGCGCAAGAGGCUGGG